AUGGCAACAGUUGAUAAUCCACCAAAUGCACUUGAAUGGGGACUUGCAGAAUUGAUAAAUCAGCCUGAGCUACUACGAAAGGCCACUGAGGAAUUGGACAAUGUGGUAGGUAGAGGAAGGCUAGUGCAAGAAUCAGAUUUCCCAAAGCUCAACUAUGUGAAGGCCUGUGCAAGAGAAGCUUUUCGUCUUCACCCCAUUACAGAUUUUAUCAUUCCCCAUGUUUCAAUGGCUGACACAGUUGUUGCUAAUUACUUUAUCCCAAAGGGUAGCCAUGUGUUGCUAAGGAGACAAGGAAUUGGCCACAAUCCAAGAGUUUGGGAAGAACCACUCAAGUUCAAACCAGAACGUCAUCUUAAGAGUGAUGGGUCUAAUUUGGUUUUAACAGAGCCAAGCUUGAAGUUGAUAACAUUCAGCACUGGAAGACGUGGUUGUCCAGGACUCAUGCUUGGAACUUCAAUGACUCUUAUGCUAUUUGCAAGGUUGCUUCAUGGCUUCACUUGGAGUGUGCCACCUAAUCAGUCUAGAAUUGAUCUCUCUGAAUCUGAUGGAGAUACCACCAAAGCUAAGCCUCUUGUGGCCUUUGCAGAGCCAAGGUUAUUGGCAGAGGCUUAUCAUGUAUAUUAAGCAAACUGCAGAAGCCAUAUAUUGAAAGGAGUGACAAUGAUCUUAAACUUGAGUCUAGAACAAAAAACUUAGUUGAGCU